UCAAGAUCGUUGUGGAUGUAUAUCCUGAAAAAAAAUACAUUUUUAUAUAUUUUAUAAACAUAAUAUAUGAUUUUGUGGAAUGGCCGAAUUGCAUGUAAUUGGACAAGUUUCAUCCGCAAAAAAUUUUAAACAAUCACACCUAUUCUGCAAAUGGUAUUUUUAUGUUGGUAAUGGUUGGAAAAUUAUAUCAGGGCGUGAAGUAGGACAAACACAGGAGAGUUGCGAUUUUUAUACCAAUAAUCCAGUUUGGGAUCAUCCUAUAGAUUUACAUUAUACUACUCAAACUUUACAAAAUUCCCCAAAAUUAUUAUUGCAAGUGUUUUGUAGAGAUAGUUAUGGAAGAAUAAUAUUUCUUUCAUACGGUGUAUAUAAUGUUCCAUUGUCACCUGGUUCUUACAUUUUAGAUUGUCAUACAUGGAAACCUAUUGGUACUUGGAAGGAUAGAUUGUAUGAUAAAUUUUUAGGAAAAAGCUUACAAUUAAAAUCACCUAGUGUUUUAAUCAAUACAUUAGAUAGAUUUGAAAUACUAACACAAAGUAUGGGAACAGUAAUUGUUCACUUACACAUUAUGGCAAAAAACUUUGAUAAAUUUGGAUGUCAGUUGUAAACAGAUAAAUAGAAACAAU